AUGGCACUAUUGGCCAACCUUCUCUCCUUCAUAGCCCUGAUGGGGCUAGUCCUAGUCCCCAUCACCCUCGCUCAAAACUCCCACCAAGACUUCGUCAAUGCUCACAACGCCGCCCGAUCGAGGGUCGGGGUCGGCCCAGUCUCUUGGAACUACACCUUAGCUGCGUAUGCCCAAACUUAUGCCAACAAGAAGAUUGGCACUUGUGAGAUGCAACAUUCCUAUGGCCCUUACGGCGAGAAUCUAGCCGAAGGGUACAGGGAGAUGACUGCAGUCGAGGCAGUGAACUUUUGGGUGAGCGAGAAGAAAUACUACGAUCAUCGGUUGAACCGAUGCAUCGGAGAUGAGUGUGGCCAUUACACGCAGGUGGUGUGGAGGAACACCAAGCAUGUGGGUUGUGCUAGAGUGAAAUGCCGCAACAAUUGGAUUUUUGUUAUAUGUAACUAUGAUCCUCCAGGCAAUUAUGUUGGCCAGCUUCCUUAUUGA